AAGUCAUAUAAUGCAUUUCCUUUAAAAGUGUUGUCACGCUUUGCCAGCGCGGAAGAAAACGGAAGUUACUGCUGCCCAUUGAGGCUUAAGCAUUACUGUCUGGAGAAUUUGAAAUGAGCGACGAUAAGUGCAAUACUGCUACUCUGCAAAAUGGGUCUGCUGCAGGAGGGCCAUGCAAGAAACGAGAAGACUACCUGGAGUGGCCUGAAUAUUUCAUGGCGGUUGCCUUCUUGUCAGCUCAAAGAAGCAAGGAUCCAAGCUCUCAAGUUGGUGCUUGCAUUGUGAACCCUGAAAACAAGAUAGUUGGGAUUGGCUACAAUGGGAUGCCGAAUGGCUGCAAUGAUGACCUUCUCCCCUGGGCAAGGACAGCUACUGACAAGCUAGACACCAAGUAUCCAUAUGUGUGCCAUGCAGAGUUGAACGCAAUUAUGAACAAGAACUCGGCGGAUGUGAAGGGAUGCACAAUCUACGUUGCCUUGUUCCCUUGUAAUGAAUGUGCAAAACUCAUCAUCCAGGCAGGUAUAAAGGAUGUGAUUUAUCUGUCCGACAAGUAUCAUGAUUCCCCAGAAAUGACUGCCUCGAGACGGCUGUUUGACUUGGUGGGAAUUAAAUACACGCAAUUUGUGCCAAAGCACAACAAGAUUGUCAUUGAUUUUGAGUCAAUUAACCACUCUGGAAGGAGCCAAAUGUCCAAGUGAAUUAUUUCACCUUGAACUGGCAGAGCUUUUACUGCAAUUCUUUCAUGUUUCUGGGGCUGCUACAGGCAUGGCUUUAUAUUUUGUUCUUUUUUUGAUGUAGUUUUAUUUAUGUAGAUGGAUUGCAUAACUGAAUAAAAGGGUUAUAUAUGUAUAUACUGUUUCAACAAGUUGGCCAUCGAUCAGGUUGACGUUGGCCUUAUGUGCUUUCAGUCUUUGUCAUCCUUUAAUCAAUUAAUACGAAUGUGUUAACAAAUGAAAAAUACCCAUCUUAAAGGAGUCCUAACCUAGGUUAUAAAAAGCAAUUUUCUUAUUCACAUUAACAGCAUUAUCACUUGUACCCUGUUUUGAUCAUAUUUUAAUUAUUUGAUUUGUUUUACACUCUUCAUGUUCUUUAAUUGAUUAAUAAAGUAGAACAAAAACCUUUUUUUCUUCCGGGUAUCCAAUCACAUCCUGUGCAGCUCGACCAUUGGAGCUACAAAGCAAAAUUUGUAAGAACUUUCUUAGCAUUGUCUUUGAAAUAUCUGUAUGUUACAAACUGAAAUGUAAAACACAAGAGGGAGCAUGCAUUGAUAAAAUUGCUAGUAUUCAUAUGUAUGAAAAUGGGUAGCACUUCUUUUAAAGUUUCAAUAAAUCUUGUAUGUAGUGCACCUCCAA